AUGUCACACGCACGUCGCAAGCUCAUCGUGGAUACCGACCCUGGGAUCGACGAUGCCUUCGCGCUCGCCAUCGCCGCACAGACGAUGCGCGAGGAGAUCGAAAUCGUGGGCGUCACGACCAUGUUCGGGAACGUUCGAAGAGACGAGGCGACGCGAAACGCCAAGCUCAUGACGCAGUUGACCUCGAUUCCGGGAGAUGAGCGCGGGUUUAAGGUGCCGGUCGUGGAUGGAUCGAGGGUACCGAUCGGGAUGCUCGCGCACGGGGACCGCGAGGGACGAGGGGCGCACGACGCGGAUGAUUCACAGGUGUUCGUGGCGGACUUUGUUCACGCGGACGACGGCUUCGGCGGCGCUCGGGCGAGAGUGGAAACGGAGGCGUUCGAGAAAGAGAAGGCGUACGCGUACGAGGCUGGGAAAGAGGCGGCGGAUUUCAUCGCGGAGACGUGCGCGAGGUAUCCGGGAGAGGUGACGGUGCUCGCGUUGGCUUCGUUGACCAACGUAGCGUUGGCGUUUCGGCGCUAUCCGGAGUGCUUGCACACGAUGGGAGAGCUCGUCGUCCUCGGUGGGGCGUUUUCUGUGAACGGUAACGUGAAUCCAGCCGCAGAGGCGAACAUUUUGGGCGACCCGAACGCGGCAGACGAGGUGUUUCGAACGUUUGAGAGGACGUACGUCGUCGGACUGGACGUGACGACGCGUGUGCAGUUGCACUCCUCUGAUCUCGCUCGGUUAGCGCGUCCUUUCCACAGCGACGGCAAUGGCGAUUUAAACGAUGGUAAGAAGUGCAGCGAUCGCGUGCGGCUUUUCCUGCACGAUGCCGCGCAAUUCUACAAGGAGUACCACCUCAAUGCUGCCGGUUUGGACGGCAUAUACAUGCACGACCCCACGGCGCUACUUCUGGCCGUUCCAAGCAUUCGAAAUCGCGUUUUCACCCUCCAUGAGGGUGCCGUUCGCGUCGUCACCGAGGGCAUAUCCCGCGGACAGACCAUAUUAGACGUCCGCCGCAAAUGGCACGUCCCCAACGAGUGGACCUCGGCUCCGAAGUGCCGCGUCGCGCUCGACGUCGACGUCGACGCCGCCCUCGUAGAGCUCCGCUCCAGGCUCGGUUGCGCCCCCGAGGACGAGCGUUGA